AUGCUAAAGAAUCUUAAAUUGACCAAUAAUUACAAUAAUAAAGGAUUACUAUCUGCGAAAAAAAAUGUCAAGGGAAAAGUUAUCAAAUGUGGGCCAAAAAAGAGGAAUAUUGCUGCUAAGGUAGUUGAAAACUUUUCAAGGAUAGAAGAAGAUAUAAAGAGUACAGAUGUGAACCUAACUAGUAAUUCAGGGGAACCAAUUAAUAAAGAAUUUAGCAAGUUGUUAGACGAUUGUGAGAUUGAUUGGAUCCAGGAGGAGUUGCCUAGUUUUGAGGUUACAAUCGCAGAGGAUAUGCCUAUACUGGACUCUAUAGAUCUAUGUGAGGAAGCUUUUGGUAAUAUGUUUGAUAGCAAUGCAGAUGAGGAUCUUUUCAAGAUUUCGCAUGAAAUCUCUAGUAGCAUUCCCUAUGGAAGUUUAAGCAAAAAUAUAGCUAAUAUUAGCGGAACUUUUGAGAAAGUAGAUAGUAGUUUACUCUUUGAGGAUCAAUCUGAUAUCACUAAGCAUACCUUGCAUAUUACGGACCUGAGUUCAUCGGAAGUUAGGUAUGAACAAGAAAAUAUGCUAGAACCAACACUGUCACCGGAUAUAAGCCAAUCGAGCAAUUGUUUCAUUAAUGAGAUGGUAGCAAAAAAUAGUUUCACAAAGUGA